AGGGCAUUGGUGUUUUUUCAACACAUGGCCGCAUCCAUGAUCGAUCAUUUCGCGUCAGCUGAUUUGAUUAUUAAUAAAUAAUUUUGAUAUUUGCUGAUGGUUCCUCUCUCGAGUUCUAAUUUCUUCUACUUUAAUGUACAUGGCGAAGGAUUGCUGAAUACGAAUCGAAUAACCAAAACUAAUAUAAAGGUAAACCAUGAUAAGUAGUUUGUUAUCGACAUAACGCUUAAUUUUAUCGUAGUUUUUGGAAAAAAUACGAGUAGUUAUCUAUGAGUCAAUUUUUUUAUCACAUCACUUUUCAAUUUGUUUUUCAACGUAACGUAACUUUUCUCUUGAAGCACUUAACGUACAAUUUCGUAAUCAUCACUUGUUAAAAUAUUGUUCUACGCUGAAUUUACAUUAUAGCUAACUCGAAGUAACGUAACGUAGUAUUAUAAUUUUACAAAAUGAAUAAUUGCACCAAUCUUGAUGUUAUUGUUGAACUAACAAGAGUUGAGGACGCUCCGGAAGCUGGCGAAAAUUCCAAAAAAUGUCCUAACCGUAUCAAAUGUGAAGAGGUGUCCUUCACAUGCCACUAUUGUGAUAAACUAUACUUCGAGAAGAAGGAGCUUCGCAGUCACAUCGAACGUCAUAUGAGAAAUGACAAUAAACUCAAGUGCCACGUUUGCAAUAUCGGAUUCUCCCGCAGAAGUUAUCUGGCGGAACACGUCAACAUCCACAAUGGACAGAAACCAUUCUCGUGCUACUACUGCGGUAAGUCGUUUUCUUUACGAUGUAACUUAGUUCGACAUACCAGGAUUCACACCGGCGAGAAACGUUUCCCUUGCGACCAAUGCGAUAAGAAGUUCAUCUUGAAGAAGAAUCUUAUCGAGCAUCGUAGAACGCACACCGGUGAGAAACCGUUCAAGUGUAAAACCUGCGACAGACCGUUUGGCCGACGAAGUAGUCUAGUCAGACAUAUCCGCACCCAUACCGGAGAGAAGAAAUACGUUUGCCACAUCUGUAACAAAACGUUCGCCUGGAAGUAUUAUCUCCAGCGGCAUAUGCCAAUUCACUUGACUGGUAGGCGCAGACGUAGAACAGCAGCUGAACCAAAAGUUGUCAACAUAUUCGUUCAAAACGCAUUACAAGAGCUGAUGACUCCGGAAGAAUUCGAAAUUCUUACUACGAAAGAGCUCGUUGUUGUCUGCGAUCGUGUAUAAUUCAUCAACGCGUAUCAUGGGUCAUUGUACGGUUCGUAUUUUACCUGCCGAUAUUUUUACGUGUAUUUUUGCUAUUGUUAAUUUUUACGUUUUUUCCCCCUUUUCACGUGGUUAUACAUAUUUUAAAAUAUUUAUUUUACUUAUCAAUGUGUGUUUUUGAUGUGCAUUUUUGUUAUAAUUUUAUACCUCUCUGUUUCCCGAAGUAGGCUAUACGACCUUCGGUCUACUUGAAGCUAUUUUAUACGUCGAUGUUUUUCUCUUCUUUCUCCCUGCUUUUAUUUUAUAUUUAUUAUUUUACUUAUCGAAAAUUCGCAGGCGAAUUUUCGCUUUCUUGUAUACGUUUUUUGUUUUAUAUUUAAAUCAUAGAAUUUUACUUUCAACACUGGUGUUUUUGAAAACGAUUUGGAUUUAUAAUCAAUUUUUUUUUUUAUUUUUACAAAAUACCAUUUUUUUCUAUGGUAUGGUGAUUGUCCUCUAAUCAUCACUUGAUCGAAUAAAGUUGAUAUUUAUUCGUAUUUAUUUAAAAGCCUUAGUGCUUAUAUUUGAAUAAUUGAUGUUAUUGCAUGCGAAUUUAUUUAUAAAUGCCGAUACGCUCGUAUAUAUGUGAUUGAUGUUUUUUUGGUUUAUGUAUUUGUGAUUUUUCAAUAAUUGUUACCCAUACGGUUAUUUGUUAUGUCUACUGUAUUAUUAAUUGUAAUAAAUGUGUGUUCUCAUCGAA